UCCUCCUCCCUCCCAUCGACACGCCGCCCGCCCCGCCUCCAUUUCCCCAACUCGCGCUGCCGUUCCCGCCGCCCCAAGCCUCCAAAACCCUACCCACCUCCGCCCAGCCAGCCAUGGCCCCGCCCCCCACCUCCGCUGCAGGCCUGCAGCAGCGGCGGCUCCUCAAGGCGGCGGCCGACGGCGACCUUGGCCGCUUCAAGAGCAUCGCGAGCGCGCUGGAUGGCGGGAAGGGCCGCGUCAGGGAGGCGGUGGAGGCCGCCAGGGACGGCGGAUCCGGGCCGCUGCACGCCGCCGCCCGCCACGGGAGGAUGCCGGUGUGCGUCUACCUCGUCGAGCAGCUUGGCGUGAACGUCGAUGCCGCAGACGACAAAGGUGAUACACCUCUGAUGUAUGCACUUGGUUGGGGGAAUUUGGAUACUGUGAGGUAUCUCCUUGAUCAUGAUGCUGAUCCAGAAAAGCGUGGUGAACACGGAAUGACCGCUCUACAUGUGGCAGCUGGAGCAGGAAUGUGUGAAAUGAUAGAGGUCUUGCUCUCAAAAGGAGCUGAUGUUAAUUCCGUUUCUUUCUGUGGGACACCAUUGCAUGCUGCUAUUACCGGAAAGCAUGAUGCUGCUGUGAAGACCUUGUUGGAUCAUCAUGCAGAUUGUAACAAGGCAAUGGCCAUACAUUAUACGCCCCUGAUCGCUGCUAUCCAUGUUCGCUCACUGAAGUGUGUGAAACUUCUGAUUAAGGCGGGUGCUGAUGUGAAGGGUGUUGGUCCGCUAACCCCGUUAAUAGCCGCUGCGGAUGAUGGUUUAACUGAUUUCUACAAACCUUUACUUGUGGCUGGUGCUGAUCCUAAUGUUCGCGAUGAUGGAGAUCAACUGCCAAUAGAGAUUGCUGCACGUAACAAUAGACGGAAAGAUGUUGAGAUCCUUUUUCCGGUGACAUCUCGUAUUCCAUAUGUGCAUGAUUGGAGUGUUGAUGGGAUACUUGCUUAUGUCAAAUCAGUGCCAAAGGAGGAGGACGACCCGUUGUACAAAAUGGGGCCAGCUUAUCUGAAAUCAGAAGGAAACAAGGCAUACAAGAGAAAAGAUUAUGUUUCUGCAAUAAAUUUCUACAACAUGGCAACCAAGCUUGAUCCUGAAGAUGUAGCCUUGCAUUCAAAUAGGAGUGUUUGCUGGAUUAACUUGGGUGAAGGAGACAAGGCCUUGGAGGCAGCCGAAAUGUGCAGGAUGAUACGUCCUGAUUGGCCAAAGGCCUGUUACAGGCAAGGGGCGGCCCAAAUGUUUUUCAAGAACUAUGAAAAGGCAUGUGAUGCAUUUCAAGAUGGUCUGAAGUUGGACCCGACAAAUGUUGAGAUUGAGAACGCAUUAUGCUAACAUACUUAUCCCCAUCUCCGUGUCUAUCAAUGUCGGAAUUUUAGUGGAGGCAUUCAACUCGAUGAAGAUAUCUCGUGCCAAAACGGUCUCAUGAACCGCCAUCCUUUGAUCAGAAGAGACCUACCCAAGGCCAAGCUGUUUCUGUGCGUGCUUCCCCUUCGAUGUUUAAAGACGUUGAGUUGAGAGGUUCCGCGUAGUACUGUACACACGAGCUUAUCUGGCUUCUUUGUAUAUAGCGUGUUGGGUCAUGAUGGUACAAUCUAUUUGCUGUUUCUCGCUACUGAAUGCUGAUCGUAAGUUUGAAUCCUUAGACGCGCGGCGACAAUUUGUCUGCAUUUUCGUGCCAAAAUGCGAGAAUUAUGUAGCAACUGAUCCGUGGUGUGGUGGCAUGAAGUUGGAUGAUUUCAUCCACGAAUUGGAGACGUCUUGAAUUUGGACGUUUUCAGCCAUGAAUUGGAGGUGUCUUGAA